AUGGAUGAGGAGUACAUACAGUCAUUGCUUGAUAGAGAAAUGCACGAUUUUGCACAAAUUCCUUCAGGUGAUUGGAUUAAAGAAGCCCGUUUGGAUGCAAUCCAGUAUAUCCUCAAUAAAAGGGAUUUGCUUGGAUUCACAUCCCAAACAGCUUAUUUGUCAGUCAUUUAUCUUGAUAGAUUUCUUUCAAGAAGAUCUAUUGAUGAGGAAAAAUACUGGGCUGUGAGAUUACUGUCAAUGGCUUGUCUUUCAUUGGCUGCGAAAAUGGAGGAAUGCGCGGUGCCGGCAUUACCGGAAUUUUGUGUUGACGAGUACAGUUUUGAGAGUAGUGUGAUACAGAGAAUGGAGCUUUUGGUACUGAAUACAUUGGAGUGGAAAAUGGGAUCACUCACUCCUUUCGCUUUUACUCAGUUCUUUUUAACAAAGUUCUGCCAAAGUUCUCUUCAAAGAAAUGCGAUGUCGACCAUUGUGGAAGUUAUUUUGGGUUCACUAAAAGAUGUGGAAAUAAUGUGCUAUAGAUCAUCUGUGAUAGCAGCAUCAGCCACUUUGGUGGUAUUGGAUCCAAGAUUAACUAGAGAUGCCUUGGAGCACAAAAUCAAUCUCUUAUCUUCAACUAGUGUCCUCAAAAUUGAAGACAUUGUCUCUUGUUAUUAUCAGAUUCUGGAAUUGGAUAUAUUGAAGUUAAACAGGGGCGAUAUUAUGUCUCCUGAUUUAUCACCAAAUCAAUUGCAAAUUGCUCAAGUUUUGGGAAGUUCUUCGGUUGCUACUUCUGCUGAUAGUGCUAAAAGAAAGAUGCUUAUAUUCAAUCAAAAUGACCAUAUACCUCACAAGAAACAACAGCACUGA